AUAGGCCCAGCCUGGGCUGUGGCUCAGCUCUCGGAGGGAGUCGGGCACCAGGCAGCAGUCUCCAGCCAAGACCCCUGCCAGCAUGGCCAGCGAGUUCAAGACGAAGCUCUUUUGGAGGGCGGUGGUGGCCGAGUUCCUGGCCAUGACCCUCUUCAUCUUCAUCAGCAUUGGUUCCGCCCUGGGCUUCCAAUACCCGGUGAAGAACAACCAGACAUCAGGUGCAGCCCAGGACAACGUGAAGGUGUCGCUGGCCUUCGGGCUGAGCAUCGCCACGCUGGCCCAGAGCGUGGGCCACAUCAGCGGCGCCCACCUCAACCCGGCUGUCACGCUGGGGCUGCUGCUCAGCUGCCAGAUCAGCAUCCUCCGGGCCCUCAUGUACAUCAUCGCCCAGUGUGUGGGUGCCAUCGUCGCCACUGCCAUCCUCUCGGGCGUCACCUCCUCCCUGCCCGACAACUCGCUUGGCCGCAAUGAGCUGGCCCCGGGUGUGAACUCAGGCCAGGGCCUGGGCAUCGAGAUCCUUGCCACCCUGCAGCUCGUGCUGUGUGUGCUGGCCACCACGGACCGGAGGCGCCGUGACCUCGGGGGCUCAGGCCCCCUUGCCAUUGGCUUCUCUGUGGCCCUGGGACACCUGCUGGCGAUUGACUACACCGGCUGCAGUAUCAACCCUGCCCGGUCCUUCGGCUCCUCCGUGAUCACUCACAACUUCAAAGACCACUGGAUUUUUUGGGUGGGGCCAUUCAUCGGGGGAGCCCUGGCGGUGCUCAUCUACGACUUCAUCCUGGCCCCACGCAGCAGCGACCUCGCAGACCGCGUGAAGGUGUGGACCAGCGGCCAGGUGGAGGAGUACGACCUGGAUGGCGACGACAUCAACGCCAGGGUGGAGAUGAAGCCCAAAUAGAGGCGGCCUGGCCCGGGCAUCCACGUGGGGGGCGGGGCCAGGGGCGGGCGGAGGGAGGGGAGGGCUGAAAUCCAUAUUGCAGACACUCUGACAAGCUGGCCAACGUCACUUCCCAAAGAUCCACAGGACCUGCGUGGUCAGGCCUGAUUUGGGGCUGUUUCUAUCACUUUCUUUCUCUUUCUCUGUUUCCUGGCCUCGGGGCUUCCUGGGGACCCAGAUUUACCAAUUACCCACUCCCUUGAAGUCACAGAGGAGGUGAAAGAAAGGGACCCACCUUGCUAAGUUGUCCCCUCAGAGUGUGAUGGGAGGUGUGCCAGAAAGUGCCCCCUCAUCCCAAAGUUGCUCACCGACUCACCUGCCGCCGGUGCCUGGGGCGCCACCAUUAUUGCUUCGUGCCUUUGGGCGUGGCCCUCCUUCUUCUCAGAGCAUGCACCUUGCUCCUAAGGGUGCUCGGGGAAGAGCUCCCAGGCGGGGCAGUGGUGGGGGCAAGUGGCAGACGAGCCUCAUCCUUGCAGUGUGGCUCGCUUCCAGUCCCCCCUUGGACUUGCUGCAUGACCUUGGGAUCGCCCCUAUCUUGGGCCUCAGGGACCCCGUCUGUAAAGCGGUAGGGACAGGGGAGAGCUCUCCAGGUCUGAGGUCCCUCUCUAGGAUUCGGUAAGUGAAGACACACCGCCGGUUCUGGAAGACAUAGUCUGGACCAGUGCUGCUUCUCCCACUUGCCCUGGUUCUUUCCCCAAGUGUAUAGCUGUACCUAACAUCCAUGUGAACACGUGUACAUAUGCAUAGACGUGCAAAGCAGAGAG